GCCUUCGAACUGUCUGUUUUCUGCUGCCUGCGAAGUGAUGCUUUCAAGUAGCAGAUUGUUUUGAUCCCUUUUCCUGCAAGCCCGGUUGAUUUCUCGACGGCAGAUCUAUCUCUCCAUAGAUUUGCUCACUGAGACUCGUCGAUUUUCUUCAGACAUGGAACCAAUCUCUCUUCGAAAAUGGCUCAAGACAAACAUCUACCACUCGAAAUCCCUCCCCCCCUCCUCAGACUGCGUUUUCUCUGCUGCUCCCUCCUCGAGUUUGGGCUCAGAGAUACCAGAGGCAGCGCUCGCGACACCCGCCUGCGGUCCUCAAGUCGAACACUUACAGACAAGUACCCUCGAUGACUCGAAAGCUUCUCCAAGAGUCAGCUUGAUAGCGAAGAAAGGGAAAAGGAAAUCCGCGGAACGGCAAUCUGUACCAAUCGAACGCAUCGGCCUCCACCUCAUCCACCAGAUUCCUCAAGCUGAAAUCGAUGAAAUCUCUCCAGAGAAACAAUGCCCCAUCGACAUCGUCGCCGUACAUGGCAUAAGGGGAGGCGCAUACAGAACGUGGGCACACUCAAAUGGACACUUUUGGCUCCGAGAUUCUCUCCCGGAGGAAGUCCCCGGUGCAAGGAUAUUUUCGUACGGAUACCCAGCGAAUGUCUUUCUCUCGCAUGAGAAAGGGAGGAUUGAUGACCAUGCCACUUCGCUAUUGGAAGAGUUGCGGGAUGUGAGGCAAAAUCAUGAGGAGCAGAAACGGCCGAUUGUGUUCAUUUGCCAUAGUAUGGGGGGGAUUGUCGUUAAGAAGGCACUUAAUAUCACGGUCGUAAAUAACAAGCGUUUUUCGAACAUCCGCACAUCAACAGCCGCCAUCUUCUUCCUCGCAACUCCACACUGCGGCUCCGAUCCCGCGAAAAUACUAUCUGUUUGCGCAGAUAUUUUGAACUUGUCUCUUACUGGUUUAUCCCGAUUCACGGGGAAAAUGAGAUCCGAUAUGGUCAAGGCACUUGCCCAUGGAUCGACCACCUUGCUUGAUAUAUCGAAUGAUUUUAAAGAGCAUCCCGGGAACAUGAGGAUUUUCUCGUUCAUAGAGCAGAAGAGUACACCGCCGAUUUCGGGGAAGAUCGUCGACGACACGAGCGGACGCAUGUUUGUUGCGGGAGAAGUCUCGGUCCCUAUGCAGGGGUGCAACCACCGGGAAGUCGCCUGUUUUGAGAGUAAAGAUAGCAAUGGCUACAGAAAAAUUGUAAACAAGCUGAAGGAGGUUACUUCCGAAAUAACAAAUAAACUCACCGCCGAACUCCUAGCAGAAGACCUCCCAUGUCUCGCUUCCCUCACUUUCCCGUCUUUAUCCCACCGCCUCUCCUCUCUCUCCGCAGCACUGUCAGAAACCUGCGCUUGGAUUCUGUCUCACCCCUCAUUCUUAACCUGGUCCCAAGCAAACUCUGCUGCCUCAUCAGCCCAAACUCGCAUACUCUACAUAAAAGGCCACCCGGGGACCGGAAAGAGCACGCUGCUAUCCUUCCUCUACCAUUUUCAUCUUCAGCAACCUAUACAAUAUAAACGCAUCUUACUUUCCUUCUUUUUCCACGAAAACGGGGACUGGCUCCAAAAGUGUCCGACUGGAAUGUUUCGCUCGCUGCUUGUUCAACUGUAUAAGCAGAGCCUCUCAGCGAGACGGACGAUCUUGACAGCGUAUAAUGAGAAGAAGGAGGAUAAUGUGGAAAGGACUGUAGUGUGGACAGUUGAUGAAAUGCAAUCGCUGUUCCUCAGAAUUGUAUCAUCGGAGGAAAUGAGAGAGAGUGAAGUGGUGAUCUUAAUCGACGCGCUAGAUGAAGCGGUCGAUGAAGAAGGGGCCAAGGCCGCAACUUCGCUGCGGGAAUACUUCCAGAAGCUAACUGAUCCGGUGAGAGGAAGGGCGAAGAUCGUUAUCUCGUGUCGAGAAUACCCUGUUGUUGUAGUUGGAGGAGACGGCCUCCACAUCUCCAUCCAAGACGAGAAUCGUCGCGACAUUGAGAGAUUUGUCUCUUAUCAUUUUCAAAUCGGCGUCGAGGACUGGGAAAUACAGGACGAGAGAGUGAGAAUGAACCUCGAGAAAGCGAUUGUUGAUACAGCGGAUGGGAUCUUUUUGUGGGUUGUUAAGAGGAUGGAGAGGAUCGUAGAGGAGUUGAAUGAUGGGAGUUCCUCUUUUGCAGAUGUGCAGCGGUUAGUGGAGACGGAGAGCAAUGAGCUGUUCAAGAUGUAUGAGGGUAUCUUGCAGAGGGAGGUGAAGGAGAGUGCGAGGGAGAAGGCUGCGCUGUUCUUACAGUGGGUGUGUCUCGCUGAGCGGCCGUUAAGUUUGACGGAGAUAAGGAUUGCAAUGGCGUGUAAUGAACGUUUUAUAAAGGAAGGCCAAGAGAGGAUCGAAGAGUCGAACGACUUCGUUGAGUCGGAUGCGAGGAUGCAAAGACUUACGAGGAGUUUGUCGGGUGGAUUGGCUGAGGUCAAGCAUUGUGCUGAGGGCAGCACCGUUCAACUAAUCCACCAGACCGUGAACGAGUUCCUUCGUGAGGGAGGCCUCAAAAGUCUGUUGUCUGAUAUGGGAGGUCCGAAAUCGUCGUGUCUGUCUGAUUCUGAGGCUCUAGGGAGAUGUGAAAAUACUCUCUCGAGAACGUGCUUCGGAUAUUUACGCCUGGGAGAGAUCGCGAAAUUCAGCAUGACCUACGGAAUUGCACCAGUCCCUAAGGCCCAUGAAGUAGAGGAGAAAUUUCCUUUCAUCCGAUACGCCGUCAUGUUUUGCUUUCUCCAUGCACGGAGGGCAGAGUCCCUCGGUAUAUCUCAGAGCGAUCUUCCAGUACUUGUGGACCAGCCCAUUGGAACCGUCACUUUUAAAAUCUCACAUGGGGAUGAGAUACCAAUAUCCGAUCGGCAACCUAGUAUCUUCGAGACCUGGAAGGUCAUGUUCGAAGCAAGCCGCAGGCUAUACGAGGAUCACCUUGUGCCAUGGAUGCAUUUGAUCCACAAGGCUGCAGACUGCAAUCUUCUGAGUGCUGUCCGAUACCUCGUUGAGGAAAGGGGACAGAUAGAAGUCAGGGAUCGGUUUGGAGGGACCCCACUACACCAUGCUGUCCAAGGCGGAAGAUUGUCGCCUAGGGACACCACUGGAGCUUGCUGUUGUGAAACGCCAUGAUCAUAUCAUAAAGUUAUUGUUAGAGAGAGGAGCCGAAACGAAUAAGCCAAGUCACCAAUUCAGCAACACUCUAGAGGCCGCUUGCAACGCCAACGGACCAAUGGAAUUGGUAGAACAUCUCAUCGACUCCGGGGCAGAAGUAAAUCGCAAAGAAGGAACGGUGGGAAGAUCUGAACGUACAGCGCUAGAGGCAGCCGCACAUGCUGGCAACGAAGAAGUUGUCAGACUGCUGAUAGCAAAGGGUGCAAAAGUCAAUGCCGUGAGCGAACAUCACGGGUCUGCACUCCAAGCUGCGGUUCAAGGGCGUCGCUCGAAUGUUAAAGCUAUUGUUGAACUAUUGCUGCAAAAGGGAGCGGACAUAAAUGCACGAGGCGGCACAUAUUGCAAUGCACUGCAAAGUGCGGCAAAUUUUUCAAGUCCUGACGUGAUCGAGCUAUUGUUGGACAUUGG